CUUAAAAUUGGCUAACAGUUAUGUGAAUUGCGAUGUUUAAAAGCGUACAUCGCUGUUUUAGGUUUUGAAUUUUAAAGAAGAAAAUAUUUUGUCUUAAAUAACUCUAACAGUUAGCUGUGAACAUCGAUGUUCAUGUUUGUACAUUGCUGCUCAAGACUCGGCUAUGAUUCCCAGACCCGACUUACAACAAUGCUGUACAAGGCACUACAUCGCUGCUCAAGACUUGGUGCCAGGACUGAGAUUUCCAGCCCUUCCCAGAACAGCGGUGUAGUGACCCCUACAUCGCUGUUUGGUCUAGAAGCCAAAAAUCAGGGUGUGCAUGAGAGAAUGGAUGAUCCGUUGAAGUGGGAGGCGGCGGCUGAGUCGCUGAAGGGGAGCCACCUGGAGGAGGUGAAGCGCAUGGUGGCAGAGUACCGGAACCCGGUGGUGGAACUCCGCGGCAAGAAGCUCACGGUGGCUGAGGUGGCGGCCAUCGCAGCGCGCGGUGAUGACGUUAGAGUUGAGCUGUCGGAGGCGGCCCGGGCAGGCGUCGAGGCCAGCAAUGAUUGGGUCACGGACAGCCUGAAAACCGGGACCGACACCUAUGGCAUCACCACCGGCUUCGGCGCUCACUCUCACCGGAGAACUAUGCAAGGCCAUGCUCUUCAGCAGGAGCUCAUUAGGUAUUUGAAUGCUGGAAUAUUCGGCGGCGGUGCCAAUGGAGUUGCGGGAGGUCAUACGCUGCCCCACUGGGCAACUCGAGCAUCCAUGGCUGUGAGGAUCAACACCCUCCUCCAGGGGUACUCAGGCAUCAGAUUUGAGAUUCUCGAAACAAUCACCAAAUUGCUCAACCACAACAUCACUCCCUGCCUCCCUCUCCGCGGCACCAUCACCGCCUCGGGCGAUCUUGUCCCAUUGUCCUACAUUGCUGGUCUGCUCACUGGGAGGCCUAACGCCAAGGCCGUGGGACCCAAAGGGGAGACCCUGAAUGCCGAGGAGGCCUUUCGCCUGGCGGGAAUCUCCGGCGGGUUCUUCAAGCUCCAACCCAAAGAAGGGCUGGCGCUCGUGAACGGAACUGCAGUUGGUUCUGGUUUGGCAUCCAUGGUUCUCUUCGAGGCCAAUGUGCUUGCCCUUAUGUCUGAGGUUUUGUCUGCCAUUUUCGGGGAAGUGAUGCAUGGGAAGCAAGAGUUUAGUGACCAUUUGAUUCACAAACUGAAGCAUCACCCGGGCCAAAUUGAAGCCGCGGCGAUCAUGGAGCACAUUUUGGAUGGUAGCCCUUACAUGAAAGCUGCUCAGAAGCUGAACAAAACCGACCCGUUGCAGAAACCGAAACAGGAUCGGUACGCUCUGAGGACAUCGCCCCAGUGGCUUGGCCCACAGAUUGAAGUCAUAAGGGCGGCAACCAAGAUGAUUGAGAGGGAGAUCAACUCUGUCAAUGACAAUCCUCUGAUUGACGUGUCCAGGAACAAGGCCUUGCACGGUGGGAACUUCCAAGGCACGCCGAUCGGCGUUUCAAUGGACAAUACGAGGUUAGCCCUGGCCAACAUUGGAAAGCUACUGUUCGCCCAGUUCACCGAGCUAGUCAACAAUUACUACAACAACGGGUUGCCAUCUAACCUCACAGCAGCUAGGAAUCCAAGUCUUGAUUACGGCUUCAAUGGUGCAGAGGUUGCAAUGGCUUCAUACUGUUCUGAGCUUCAGUUCAUGGCUAACCCGGUCACAAACCACGUCCAGAGCGCAGAGCACCACAACCAGAGUCUUAACUCUUUGGGUUUGAUCUCAGCAAGAAAGACGGCCGAAGCCAUGGACGUGCUCAAACUCAUGUUCUCUACAUAUCUCGUCGCGAUCUGCCAGGCGAUUGAUUUGAGGCACUUGGAGGAGAACUUGAGGAACGGUGUGAAGAACACAGUUAGGCAAGUGGCAAUGAGGACUCUCCAUCAUUCCAGACCCUGUGAGGAGGAAUUGCUCAGGGUGGUCGAUCGUGUGUACGUGUUUGCAUACGCCGAUGACCCGUGCAGUGCGAACUACCCAUUGAUGCCGAAACUGAGGCAUGCUCUCAUGGACCAUGCCUUGCAGAACAGAGAAGUGGACAAAAACUUGCACACAUCUAUCCUCCAGGAGAUUGCAGCAUUCGAAGAUGAGUUGAAGGAAGUUUUGUCCAAGAAAGUAGAGGGUGCCAGAGCGGCUCUUGAGAGUGGCAACCCAGCCAUUCCUAACAAGAUUAAGGAGUGCCGGUCCUAUCCUCUUUACAAGUUCGUCCGUGAAGAGCUUGGAACCGAGGUGCUGACUGGGGAGAAGGUGAAGUCCCCUGGGGAGGUGUGUGACAAGGUGUUUGCCGCUAUGUGUGAUGGAAGGAUCAUUGAUCCUUUGUUGGAAUGCCUCAAGAACUGGGAUGGCUCUCCUCUUCCCAUCUCUUAAUUGUGUUUGUUUUCCAUUUUAAUUAUCUUCUUCUAGUAAGCUUUAUGUGGUCUAAAUAAGUUAAUCAACACCAUACCUUUUU